AUGACGUCCGCCGCACCCAACCCGAACCAGGCCAACCAGCCGCAGCUUCAGAUCAACAAUGCCACAUCGCCUCCGAACAGACGCGAUCUCAAGUCAUGGUGGAAGGGUUUCAAGCUGCCCUCAAAGCACCAGGAUCCCCAGGAAACCCGAUCACAAGGCAUCUUUGGUGUGCCUCUACGGCAGAGCAUAACAUAUGCCAACGUCGCUAUCUCCCUCAUCGACGAAAAUGGGAAGAGUUACAUUUACGGCUAUGUUCCCAUAGUCGUCGCAAAGUGCGGCGUCUUUCUCAAAGAAAAGGCCACUGGUAUUGAGGGCAUCUUUCGUCUGAGCGGCUCGGAAAAGAGAAUAAAGGAGCUCAAAACAAUCUUCGAUUCUCCCGAUAGAUACGGCAAGGGUCUCGUCUGGGAUGGUUACACAGUUCACGAUGCCGCAAACGUCCUACGGCGAUAUCUCAACGACCUCCCCGAACCUGUUGUUCCGCUCGAUCUCUACGAAAAGUUCCGCGACCCCCUCCGAGGCGCAACGAAACAGGCUGUUGGCGACCUGGAAGGUCCUCAGUUCGUUGAGAACUUCAACGAAAAGGCUGCUAUCGAGAGGUACCAGCGACUCAUCACCGAGCUGCCACCCUUGAACAGACAGCUGCUCCUCUACAUCCUUGAUCUUCUUGCUGUUUUUGCCGCGAAGGCGGAUGAGAAUCGCAUGAACUCGCAGAAUCUCGCAGCCAUCUUUCAGCCUGGUAUGCUGUCUCACCCAAAUCAUGCCAUGGCCCCCGAGGAGUAUCGACUUAACCAGUGUGUUAUCAUUUUCUUGAUUGAGAAUCAAGAUCACUUCCUCAUUGGCAUGCAGGGUACUGCUGCUGAUGAGAAGACCAAGAAAGAGGUGGAAUCUGGCACUCCUAGUGCACCCCUCACCCCCAACCCGAACCGAAGCUCCAGCUUGGACCGAUCUGCAUCCAACGCAAGUGCCGGUGCAGCUAGUGUGCGACGAGAUGGAAAACUCCGAAGGAAUCGAUCCGUAUCGUCAAGGAACUCAAGGAACGACGGAACUUCGACUCCCAACAGUCCGGCCCUGACAGCGACCCCGACGACAGGUGGUCUGGCCAGAAGUAACACGGUUCCAUCCAAGAAGUCGCCAGCACUGGCUGGCGGACGUUUCCAGAGACAAGAUGGCUCUAGUCCUCGCUCCCCGGCUCACCUGGAACCCUUGACGCAGUUGAAUGCUGGUGAGAGUGUUGACCAAUCUCCCCAGUCAACGCGUUCGACCGAUAUCAGUGGUAGCGGCCAUCUCACACCUACCCGAGCUCCGGUGACAGGCCGCAGCCAAGAGAGGCUACUCGAGGUGCCCCAAGAGGCUCCCACACCCACUAAAGAGCGAAAUCUGCCCAGCAUCUUCCGAGGAUUGCCGUCAGAUAGUAGUGGCAGGCAGCCUAACAAGCUGAAGAAGAAGCGGAUACCUGGCAGCCUGAACCCAAGCGCUCAUAGCUCCAAUGCUUCGUUGUCGUAUACCCAUCAGACCGCAACCUCCCCUAACUUCGAGCUACCCAAUCCCAUGGAACACCCACAACAACACGAACAGGAGCAACAUGUGUUGCCACAACAACCGCAAUCGCAGCCACCAGCGCCGAUUCAAGAAGAGAGGCAUCGCGAACAUCUCGAGCAGCAACAAGAUCGACUCCAUGGGCAACAACAUCCUCAAGAGACUCAGCUCACUCCCCCAGCCUCUCUGGUGCAGCAGAAGAGCGAUGUCUCCUCAGAACACACUCCAAGGGCAUCUCAGGCAUCUUCGAAUCAAAGUCUUCAUCCCGACAACACGUUGAAAUCGAAGAAGUCGCCACCGACAUCCCUGCACUCAUCUUUCAAUGAGGGGUCAGAUCUGGACCAGGUUCUCGAUGAGCAGUCCAUCACCACCAUUGAACAGGCUGAGAAGGAAAAGAAGAAGCGAUGGCGAUUGUCGAGAAGUAAGAAUGCUGACAAUGGCGCCUCAACACCCUCUGGGCUGACCUCGCCACGCAUGGUUCUCGGGCUGAAUGAGAACGCUGACGUGAGCAACCUGUCGAUCUCAAGCUCGAGCCAUCGACCCCGGAAAAGCGAGAGUUCCGACCGACCCGUCAUGCCUGGUGAUGCACACAGCAGUUUUGAUUCAGGUCGGGACAACGACUCCAAGGGUCCUAUAGGAUGGAUCAGGAACAAGUACCGCGAGGCAAAGGAGAGCGCCGACGCGAGGAGGAAUAAGUCUCCUCCCGCUGAUCGUACCAACUUGAGCGCGACAAGCUUCUCACCUCGUGGGAAGAGUUUGGACAUCAAGCGAGACGGGCCCAAGGAGGGCGAGAAGCAGGCUUCUAGCCCCCCGGCACAGCAUGCUUCCCUUGCGGCUGCAGCUGGAGCCCCAGCCGUUGCUUCAACUAUUGCCGCAGCUGUUGGCCCGACGUUUGCUCCGGCUCCCAGUGCCGCCCCUGUUGCUCAACCAGCCACCAUCACUCUGGUGAACCAAGUUCCUCAGCAGCAGCCCCGACCGUCGCAAAUUCAGGCCCAACCUAAGCCUCCAGCCCCGCAGCAAUACCAGGCUCAAGCUCAGCAUCAGCCCAAGCCGCAGCCUCAGCCCGAGCCUCAGGUUCAACAACAGCCCCAGCCUCACCAGCAGCAGCCCGUCCCACCGCCUGCACCUCAGCACACGGUAACCCAGACCUCUGCUCCAGCUCCGGCACCAGCUCCGGCACCAGCUCCGGCACCAGCUCCGGCACCAGCUCCGGCCCUUGCCCCCGCCCCAACUUCGGCACCAGCUGCAGCCCCGGCUCCUCCGUCACCACAGCAGAAGGAACCCCAAGAUGCGCCCCAGCCCCAGCCUGAGCAGCAACAGGAAAAGAAGCCGGAAGAGAAGCCACUUCAAGUGUCUGAGCAAUCGCCUGCGCCACCCCCAGCACAGUCGGAGCAACCGCAGCCGCCGCAGUCACCGGAGGCACAGCCUCCACAACCACAGUCGGAGCCAACAAAACAGGAACAAUAG